GGCCCCGAGAUCUCCGGCCACUGGAACCAGCUUGUGCAAGACAUGCGAGGGCCAGAUACACACACUGACUUCCCCUUCCUGUCUUGAAAUCUCACCUCUCGCCCCAGCCCUCGUCCUGACACUCGCACUCGCUCCCUGCCAGGCAGGUCUCUGCACGCACCCGGCUCUUCCCAUUGGAGUUGGGAUUCGCUAGCCGUCCUAACUGGGCAUCUGCGGUUCCAGUGCGCUGUUCCCAGCCGCUCCACCCCAGACGCGGACACAUCUCAGCUCGGGGUCUAUCCCAGCUGGACACCCCAGCCAUGGGCAGAGCCCUGCUUCCACAGCAGGAUGCCGGAGAAUGGGAGCUCCCGGCUCAGGGCCCCCCCUGGAGAGAAGGGGGUCCUGCCCCCCCUGCGGCCACGCUGAGGGUCCUGAUCCUCGCCCUGCUCUGGAGGGGGUCCCUGUCCCUGGAGUCUGGUUAUUCCCUGGGGCUGCCACAGUCGGUGUCGGUGCAGAUGGGUCUCUGCGUUCUCGUCCCCUGCACCUUCGCGUACCCAGCCUCGUACGACACCGACAAUCCCCGGGCCCGGCUCUACGGACACUGGUACAAGGAGCCCGCAACUGCGGGCCAGGAUCCGCCCGUGGCCAGCAGUGACCUCAGCGAGAGCGUGUCUCAAGAGACCCAGGGCCGGUUCCGGCUGGUGGGGGAUCUGGCACGUGGCGACUGCUCCCUGCAAAUCAGCGACGCCCGACGGACGGAUGCAGGGAGAUAUUUCCUUAGGGUUGAGAAAGAAAACUUUAAAUACAGUUACCGCCCCAAUCUGUAUCGUGCUCACCCUACGCUCGCGAUCUCUGUUCCAGGGCUGACGGAGGAGCCAGAGAUCCAGAUCUCGCCGGCGCGGGGGCUGCCAGGGACGCUGCUGGCCGGGGAGCCGGUGACUGUGACCUGCACGGCCCCCGGGCGCUGCUCCGGGCCCCCUCCCCGAGUCACCUGGACGGGGCCGUUCAGCAACACAGCCCGGGACGACUCAGCCCUGCUGGCGAACGGCACCUGGGCCCGCAGCUCCACGCUGCGCUUCACACCCGCCCCGGGGGACCACGGCAAAGAGCUCGUCUGCAGAAUUACCUACCGCCCACCAUGGGGACCUUCCACCCGCAGAACCGUCCGGCUACACGUCGGCUACUUGCCCGGCCCUCCCAACAUCACCGGGACCCUGACCAGGAACGGACGCCCCGUGCCAGAUGCCUGGGGAGCUGAGGGCGACGUCGUGUCUCUGGAGACCCAGGAGGGCGACUCCCUGAGCCUGGACUGUGAGGCUGGGGGCAGACCCGAGGCCACCCUGAGCUGGGCCAAGGGGAACGAGUCCCUGAGCCCCGGCCAGGGAGGGGCCGGGCGCCUGGAGCUGCCGAAUCUCAGCAGAGGGGACGCUGGGGAGUAUCGGUGCUGGGCGAAGAAUCCCUUUGGGUCGGCCAGCCGGGCCCUAUGUGUGCACGUGCAGUCUCUAGAGAGGACUCUGCAAAUCACCGUCUCUAGAGCCAACAGGAGCGACCCCCAGCUGUUCCAAGAUCCCGGCACCCCGGUGGGGAACGGCUCACAACUCACAGCCCGGGAGGGCGACUCCCUGCGGUUCCUCUGCUCCGUCGCCAGCAACCCCCCGGCUGUGCUGGGCUGGGUGAGGGGGGGCCGAGCCGUCGAGGGCGCCCGCCCCACGGGGGAGAAUCAGCUGCAGCUGGAACUGCCCAACGUGACGGCCGAGGACGGGGGGCUGUACGGGUGCUGGGCCCGGAACGAGGAGAGCUCUGCCCAGGGGACGUUCCAGCUGCUCGUCGAGUACAGCCCCCGGCCGGGGACCGGGCUGAACACGUCCUGCCAGCGCCAGGGGCCCGGCGUCAGCUGCAGCUGCUCCCUGCGCUCCCACCCCCCGCCCCGGCUUCAGUGGCAGGUGGACGGGGAGCCCCUGGCUGGGAACGGCUCGCGGGGGGCCCUGCACGUCAGCUCGUGGGCCCAGGGGGACGAGGUUUUCAGCACCCUGAGCUGGACGGGGAGCGGGGACAGGGGCCCCCGGAUCUUCUGCCUCGGCUCCAACCCCCACGGGACCUACGCCGCCCUGCACUUUGAACGCAGCCCCCCACAGAGAGGUGCGGAGGAGCCUGGCAAGCUGCUGGGCAUCGGGGUGGCCUGUGGGCUGGGGGUCGCUGUCGGCAUCUUCCUUCUCGGGCUCUGUGUGAUCAAGCUGCGGGGCCGGGAGCCGGCUCCCGGGACCCAGGCUGAGCACACAGCCGACGACUCCAGCCUGAUCUACAAUAAGGUCACCACCAUCCCCAUGGAUCACAACACUCCAGCCGCCGGCCGGACCAAAGGCGUCCAGGACGGGGCUGCAGCAGCUCAGGGCCCGCUAGGCCCCGGGGAGCCGGAGGAGCUGCACUACGCCUCCAUCGACUUCUCCAAGCUGCAGCGCAAACGGGGGGAGCCUCCGGAAGCCCCCGCCACGGAAUAUUCUGAGCUCCGGCUGAAAUAGCCCCCUCGCGCCAUGGGCCCAGGCUGGGCGUCUCUGGCCCAUCCUGUGAGGGGGGGUGUCACAGUGAGGGGGGAAGGGGACAAGUGGUCGGCCCAGGGCUGUGGGAAACCUGGGUGCAAAUCCCUGCUUCGGCCCGGACUCAGGGCGGAGUCAACUAGGCCUUCGAGAUGCUGGAGCGCUGCAUUGUGGGGAGGUAUCCCAGAGUCCUCUGCAGCCGGGUCCCAAAGCCUGCCCCCUCCCAAACCCCACUGCCCCAGGGGGAAAGAGAGCCGCUCAUCUCUCAGCCAUACAGCAUCUCUCUUCUACCCGGCCUGAGCCCUCGCCAACUCGUUUCACAGAUGGAGAGCAUUUUCCAUCUCAGGGGCAGCAGCUGGCAAGAGUGGAGGGACGGGCUUGUAUCUAAGGUGCUGGCCUGGUACUCAAGUUUCCUGGGUUCUCAUCCCUGCUCCACUGAAAAUGCUCUCGGUGAGGUUGGGCCAGUUGCUGCAUCUGUCUGGCCUCAGUUUCCUCACUUUGAAAAUUGGGAUAAUAAUGGUGUCCUGGGCUCGUUAUGUUCUAAACCCCUCGGGGCAGGGACUGUGUGUCUGGGCAGCCCCUGGCACAAUGGGCCCUGAUCUCUGUCUAGGUCAAUCAGUGCCAUGUGAUUAUAAAUUCUUAAUAACGAUGCUCUAUUCAAGGUAACAUGUUCACUCCAAAGCCAAAAGCAUCCGACUGUAAAAUUCCGACUUUACAAGCUCUUCCUUGAAAUAGAUUUUCAUGUGUCA